AUGAUAAUGUUUAUAUCAAACAUUGUUUCCAUUCUAUUAAUGACAGAAUUUGUUCUGGGAAAUUUUGCCAAUGGCCUCAUAGCACUGGUGAACUGCAAUGACUGGAUCAAGAGACUGAAGAUCUCCUUAGCUGAUGGGAUUCUCACUGCUCUGGCAUUCUGCAGAAUUGUUAUGCUCUGGGCAAUGUUAAUAAGUUGGUAUGUAAUUGUGUAUAAUCCAACUCUAUAUAAUUCAAAAGUAAAAAUUAUUGUUCAUGUUGCCUGGACAGUAAGCAACCACUUUAGUAACUGGCUUGCUACUAGCCUCAGUAUAUUUUAUUUGUUGAAGAUAGCCAAUUUCUCCAGCCUAAUUUUUCUUCACCUGAAGUGGAGAGUUAAAAGUGUAGUUCUCAUGAUGAUGCUGGGGACUUCAUUGUUCUUGUUUUUUCAAGUUGCAGUGUUAAGCAUAGAUGAGGCUGUUCAGACAAAUGAAUAUGAAGGAAAUACCACUCAGAAGACCAAACUAAGGGACAUUUUACAUCUUUUAAAUGUGACUCUGUUCACGCUAACAAACUUCAUACCCUUCACUAUGUCCCUGACAUCUUUUCUGCUGCUAAUCUUCUCCCUGUGUAAACAUCUCAGGAAGAUGCAGCCCAACGGUAAAGGAUCCCAAGAUCCCAGCACCAAGGUCCACAUAACCAUGCAAACUGCCAUCUCCUUUCUUUUCCUGUUUGCUGUUUACAUUCUGGCUCUAAUGUUAUCAGUUUGGAAUUCUAAUGAGUUGCAGAAAGAACCGGUCCAAAUGCUUUAUGAUGUUCUUUUAAUCAUGUAUCCUUCAAUCCACUCAUGUGUCUUGAUCUGGGGAAACAGGAAAUUAACCCAAGCCUUUCUGUCAUUUCUGUGGCAGCCAAGAUGCUGGCUGAAGGAAAGGAAAUAG